AAUUGAUGUGUCAGUUCAAUAAUUGAAAUUUAAGUUUUAAUUCAUUUGGCAAGCAACAACCACGUCAUAAAGUCAAUGACAACCACAGAUAAGCUGAGAUUAUUUUUGGUUUUUGUGUAGUGAAGCCAGAAAAAGUCGAUCAAAAUCAAGCACCUAAGUCAGAAUUAAAGCUCAAAAACAACCUCUGUUUCAACAAACAGACCAAUUACUAUAUUGUCUGUUUUGAAACUUGGGAGGUGCAGAGAGGAAGAUAGAUAGAUAGUUGUGAUGGCAAUGGGAGGUGACAUGUGGAAGGCUCAUAUGAGCAUGGCUUUGGUGCAGUUAUUAUAUGGUGGCUACCAUGUCAUCACCAAAGUUGCCCUUAAUGUUGGAGUCAACCAACUUGUCUUCUGCUUCUAUAGAGAUCUCCUUGCUCUCUUCAUUAUUUCUCCCAUUGCUUUCUUCAAAGAGAGACAGACAAGGCCACCUAUUACUAAGAAGCUAUUGAUGUCAUUCUUCUUUCUUGGAUUAACUGGGAUAUUUGGAAACCAGCUCCUGUUUCUUAUUGGUUUAAGUUAUACUAAUCCAACUUAUGCCGCUGCGUUACAGCCUGCUAUUCCUGUCUUUACCUUCCUCUUUGCUGUAAUCAUCGGUGUAGAAAGAGUGAACUUGAAGAGUUCUGAAGGUCUGGCAAAGGUUGGAGGAACUCUUAUAUGUGUCUCGGGUGCUGUAUUGAUGGUUUUGUAUCGCGGUCCAUCGUUGAUAGGAUAUACUGAACUGGUCGUUAUACCACAGAAUGACAUAAGUGUCGGUGGUCAGCCAGAGCCUUCUGGAUGGUUGAUCAGUGGUUUACAGAAUCUUGGAUUAGAUAAUUUUGAACUUGGAGUUGUGUUCUUGAUAGGGAACACUAUGUGCAUGGCUGCUUUCCUAACCAUUCUGGCGCCUGUAUUAAAAAAGUAUCCUGCAAAUCUAUCUGUAACAGCAUAUUCAUUCUUCUUUGGAGUUGUACUAAUGGCGAUAGUCUCGCUAUUCAUGACUGAUCUGUCAAGUGACUGGAUUUUGACACAACCAGAAAUACUUGCUGUUGUUUAUGCUGGAACUAUUGCUUCUGCCUUUAACUAUGCAGUCAUUAGUUGGUGCAACAAGAUAUUGGGGCCAGCUUUAGUUUCCCUUUACAAUCCACUUCAACCUGGAUUUUCUGCCCUCUUGUCUCAGAUUUUUCUUGGAAGUCCAAUUUACUUGGGAAGUAUCAUAGGGGGAUCUUUGAUCAUAGCUGGUCUUUACAUUGUUACAUGGGCAUCUUAUAAAGAAAAACAGGGAAUUGUUGAAAUUACUUCCCACGACUCUUGGUUCUCUGAGCCGCUUAUUCAUGAAAAAAGUGCACAUCAAAUAGAUCAUAUAUUACCGGGGUCCUCCAGCGCAUCAUCAAACACAAAAAUCGUAUGAUUAAAAAGUAAGUCAAAGAAUGUCAAUGAAGGACAGCCUAGUGUAGGAGGCUUCCAGCAAGUGGAGUCUGAAAAGAGUAAAUAUACAGUCUUACCUCAGCAGAGAAAAUAUUUUCUGGAUUUGAGUAUGUGACUUCCAGAUCUCAAGACACCAACUUUGUUAUUGCAUAGAGACUCGCCCUCUAGCUCAAAAUGUAAAUGACUUGUAAAAAAUGGUUUUGGCAGUAUGAUUCUUUUACUGAUAAUGAAGCAUUUUUCAGACUCUAUAAAAACAUAAUGUGGAGGUGGAUAGAUUUGCUACCAUCAUGUAGGUUUACAAUGCACGACAAGCAUAUCAAAGAUGUAAAAAAAGGUACAAGUAUGGAAAUGCAACAUAAGAUAAAGAUAAUGCAAUGUGAUCAAUAUGUUUACUGGCAUAUA